AUGCCUACAGACCAAGAGCUAUUAGAUUCGUAUCCAAACGUAUGCGCACCCGGUUCAUUACCAGGGACCCUGGGUAACCUCAAUGAAAAACAAGAGGAAGCCUUGGCGCAGUUUAGAGAGCUUCUGAAGACAGCUGGUUUUACCAAACGUCUCGAUGAUGCGACUUUAUUACGCUUUCUAAGAGCCCGAAAGUUUGAAGUUCAGGCUGCUAAGGAGAUGUUUGAACAUUGUGAAAAGUGGAGAAAGGAUUUUGGCGUUGAUACCAUUUUCGAGGACUUCCAUUAUGAUGAAAAGCCGUUGGUGGCUAAGUUCUAUCCACAAUACUACCAUAAGACGGAUAUCGAUGGAAGGCCAGUCUAUAUUGAAGAAUUGGGGUCUGUUAACCUGAAUGAGAUGUAUACUAUUACAACACAGGAGCGGAUGUUGAAGAAUUUGGUGUGGGAAUACGAAUCAUUUGUUAGGUAUCGAUUGCCAGCAAGUUCUAGACAGGCUGGAUAUUUGGUUGAGACUUCCUGCACCAUCUUAGAUUUAAAGGGAAUUUCUAUUUCCUCCGCUGCUCAAGUUUUGAGUUAUGUAAGAGAGGCCUCUAACAUCGGUCAGAACUAUUACCCUGAAAGAAUGGGAAAGUUCUAUUUGAUUAAUGCUCCAUUUGGUUUUUCCACCGCAUUCAAAUUGUUUAAGCCAUUUUUGGAUCCUGUAACCGUUUCUAAAAUUUUCAUUUUAGGAUCCUCCUACCAGAAGGAGUUAUUGAAGCAAAUCCCUGCGGAAAACUUGCCAACAAAGUUUGGUGGUAAAUCUGAGGUUAGCGAAGCUGACGGUGGACUAUACUUGUCUGAUGUUGGACCGUGGAGAGAUGCUAAAUACAUUGGCCCUGAAGGUGAAGCGCCAAAAGCCUUUUCUCUCAGUGCCCCAUCCGCAUGA